GAAAGUUUCCCAGAAAAGUUACAGUGAACCAAAAGCAAUUAAAUUAUGAAGAAACAAAAAUUAAACAUACAUUCUUUUUUUUUUCUUUUUUUUUUUUAUAAAUUACAUUACUUAUGGCUAAGGCUGAGUUGCUCUAUUAAACUUUGGAAAAUCAAAUUUUAUAAGUAGUAUAGACAAAGAACUAAGUUAAGUAGGUAGUGUAAACAAUUAAGUUAAGAAACCUUUAUCAAAAACGCAAAAAGUUAAAAAAAAUCUAAAUUAGGACCAUAACUUAAAAAAGGGGUUGUAGGGUUAUUUAUUGUAAGGUCUUAAAUUGACCGGAAGAUAUAAACGAAUUUGAAAUUGCAACAAAUUAAAUCAGUAAAAAAUUUGCUCAAGAAAUUAAUACCUACUUAAAUUAAAAAGUAAAUGUAAUUAAAAGUGUUAAUUAAUUUAAUAUGGAAGACAUCAAAUCAGAAUCCAUUGAAAUGGAAAUACAAAACGAUGUGAAAAUAGAUAAACCAGAAGUUAAACUACCUUUCUCUAUAGACAGUUUGCUCGCUGAUAAGUUUGUUAGUGAUAACCAUGAAGCUUCCACUUCUGAUGACUUGGUUUAUAAUAAAGAACAGGAUAAUGAAGAUGAUGGAAAUAGCAGUUGUUCUGAACAGUUGGAUGUGGAGAGUUCUACGGCGGGCGAUGCGCAGGAGUUCAUGGAAGCCAAAUCUACUGAAUAUCCAUCAGGUUCAUGCAGCUCUCGAGGCAAGAGGGCCAGGACAGCGUUCAGCGCGCAACAGAUCAAAAGCUUGGAGGCCGAGUUCGAGAAGAACAGAUACCUCUCCGUGGCAGCGCGAGGACGACUGGCGAGGCAGCUCCGCCUCACCGAGACCCAGAUAAAAAUAUGGUUCCAAAAUCGUCGGACAAAAUGGAAAAGAAAAUACACGAACGAUGUCGAAAUCCUAGCUCAACAGUAUUACAAUAGCCUAGGCAUUAUUACACCGAGACCUAUGUUUGUAGGCGACCGACUUUGGAUUUUCAACUAUCCUAACAGAUUGCAACCCACCCAGCAACAGCAGUGGGCGAAAUCGCUUAACCACAUCGCCAAUGUACCCCAAAGCCAAAUUGUUGAACGAAACAUGUUUAGAAACAUACCAAAACCUGAAAUCCCGUUCAUUUUACCGUCAGCGUAUCCGAACGACAGGGCUUUUUUGAAUAUCGAACGUUCAAACGUCAAAGCUCCCGCGCAAAAUCGUCUAUCAUCUGUGCCUAGAGAAGUCUAUUCCAAUAUGGCGACCGCUCAAAGAAGUUUGGAUGUGUAUAAGAAUGAUAUUCUAAGUUUAAAUUCAAGUCAAGAAUCGAAUGUCGACCAUUUAAGAAGACUGGAAGAAAAUUUUAGUAUUUAGGCUCUCUUUAUGCUUAUUAAAUUGUAUUUUUUUAGUUAUUAUUAAAUUUUUAUGGACAUAAA